ACGGACGGCGUUGUAUUUAGACAAUUAGUAACUACCAGCCCGACGGGGAAGGCGGGACUGACUUUCCUCAUCGUCCUGGUGUGUUUCCCCUACCCCCCCACAUCUGGAGUCAUGGGUAGCAAGAAACUAAGACGAGUGGGUUUAUCACAAGAGCUAUGUGACCGUCUGAACAGACACCAGAUUGUUACCUGUCAGGACUUUUUGUGUCUUUCCCCAUUGGAGCUAAUGAAGAUCACUGGCCUUAGUUAUCGAGGUGUCCAUGAACUUCUGUGUGUGGUCAGCAGGGCCUGUGCCCCAAGGAUGCAAACGGCUUAUGAGAUAAAGGCACAGAGGUCUGCUGCCCUCUCGCCAGCAUUCUUACCUACAACCCUUUCUGCUUUGGAUGAAGCCCUGCAUGGUGGUGUAGCUUGCGGAUCCCUCACAGAGAUUACAGGUCCACCAGGUUGUGGGAAAACUCAAUUUUGUAUAAUGAUGAGUGUUUUGGCCACAUUACCCACCAACAUGGGAGGAUUAGAAGGAGCUGUUGUGUACAUUGACACAGAAUCAGCAUUUAGUGCUGAAAGACUGAUUGAGAUAGCAGAAUCUCGUUUUCCAAGAUAUUUUGAUACUGAAGAAAAAUUACUUUUGACAAGCAGUAAAGUUCAUCUUUAUCGGGAGCUCAGCUGUGAUGAGGUUCAACAAAGGAUUGAAUCCUUAGAAGAAGAAAUUAUUUCAAAAGGAGUUAAACUUGUGAUUAUUGACUCCGUUGCUUCUGUGGUAAGGAAGGAGUUUGAUACACAACUUCAGGACAACAUGAGAGAAAGGAACAAGUUCUUGGCAAGAGAAGCAGCCUCCUUGAAAUAUCUGGCUGAGGAAUUUUCAAUCCCAGUUAUCUUGACGAAUCAAAUUACAACCCAUCUGAGUGGAGCCCUAGCUUCUCAGGCAGACCUGGUGUCUCCAGCUGAUGACUUGUCCCUGUCUGAAGGCCCUUCUGGAUCCAGCUGUGUGACAGCUGCACUAGGCAACACCUGGAGCCACAGUGUGAACACACGGCUGAUUUUCCAAAGCCUUGGUUCAGAGAGAAGACAGAUUCUCACCGCCAAGUCCCCGCUGGCUCCCUUCGCCUCCUUCGUCUACACCAUCGAGAAGGAAGGCCUGGUUCUUCAAGAAACAAGCCUGGAUAAAGGAGGAAUAAACAGUGCCAUUCUGCUUGCGGUUUGCUGAGAUUCCCUGGAAAGUAAGUUUGGGAGGCCAGAGCCUGUGUUGGAACGUGAGAGCCCAAUGCCCUCUCCAACACUCGGAGAAACAGAAGAAGCUCAAGAGGAAUUAUGGAGAGGAAAGCAGAACUUCCAGAUUGGUUCCAAGUCUUUUCAGGCCUUGAUCUAAAGGCCAAAGAGCCAACUCGAUCUCCAUGAUGACUGCAACUCAAGAGGUGAUACCAGGGGGCAAGGAGAGAGGGGGCAAUGCUAGGUUAGCAUGUUCCAGGUUCAAGGGGACCUGAGGAAGUGGCUGCCCCUCAUGGGACAACUACAGCAAAGCCACUGGUCUCCCCUUGUCCUGUGGCCUUGUCCUCUGGAAAUGGAGGCCCAGCCUUAACAAGGAAAAACCAAGAACGAAUCCUCUCUCCUUUAGU